CUCAAAAUGGUUGGAUUAUUUUGCGCAGUAUUUUGAAAUAAAGAAAAAAAAAAGAUCACAUAUCGUUGAUAUAAUUAUGAUUUUACUAUUUUUUUAACAAGUAUUGUCGUGGGAACAGAGUGAUUUUACCUAAAUUUGUUUUGUAAUCAGCGGGAUUAAGAAAAUAUUUGGGAAAAACAUCAACAUCUUUAAGUAUGCUAUUCUAAAACGUUUUUUUUCUUUAUUGUUUUGUCAUUUUCAAAGGAAAUAAUGGAUGCUUAAAUAAAAGACAUUCAUUGAAGCAAAUUAAGUCAAAUAAUUUAACAAACUGGAAAUAUGAGUGUGAACAGUACUCAGACCGGGUGUCUUAGUGCACGAAACCCACAAUCGGAAGCGGAAAUACUUCGAAAGCACGUGUUUUACCAAACAAGUCACCAGGCGGCAAAAUAUCCACCGUCGAUGAGGCGCUCAGCAUCCCCUGUUCGUCUGCCUAAGGUCCGCAAGAAAACCACCAGUAAGUCCUCGGCAAACAAAACCAAUGUCAUCAAGGGCGAGGUCCGGACGAGCUCUCCGGUUGAGCGGCGUCAACCGUCGCCGGCCAUGAUCCGGACACGAAUGAGUCUAGAGAGGCUUGACGAGCGGAGGCUGCAGCGGAAAGACCGGGAGCGGCCGUGGGUUCAUCAAAAACAAAAGUCACCGGAGCGGAAAGGAAACUUCAAGAUAUUUUACGAAAAGGCACUACCAACAACUGUGGAAAAUUCCCCAUGUACCCUCCGCCCACGGAAAUAUGUGUCAAAUACCAAAUACGGGAACAUUUACGAAAUCAGAGAUACCACUAAACCCAACAAACCAGCGCGGGUGCCGUCUCCCCGGAAAUGGGUUUGGGAGGACGAGUUCCGGUUGUGGAUGCUCGAAAGUCGCGAUCAGUAUUUGUCGGACACCGGAGCCGGGCGGCACAAGCUGUUUCCGAUACAUCAACAGGAUCAGUUGAGCUCCAAGUCCGGAAGCUUAGCAGCUAUAAAAGAACACCAAAAACCGAACCCCGAGUUAUACGCGUAAGUGACGUGUUCAUUGUGACGUCACCGACAGCACCACUUUACUGUGACAUCACCAAUAGACGAUUACGUUUUAAUAACAAAUGUUUUCGGAAAUCACCGAUAUAUGUUUACCAAUAAGUGCACUGACAAUAUACGGUUUAAAAUUUAAAUAGUUCUCUGUACACAAGAUUGCAUGAAAAUCAUGAUUAUAUUCUGCACUAUUCUGACCACAAAAUACGGAUAUGUAUAAAUAAUAGUCAACAACCAUCAAAUAUGUAAAACUCAAUAUCAAUUAUAUAUGUUAUAGUGUUUUUUGUUUUGUUUUGUUUUCAGUUUCGACAUGUAAGACUUGAUAUUCAUUUUUUGACAUGCACAUGAUAUUCAUUUGAUUUAAUUUCCGGUGUUUUUAAUAGAGAUUUGUCAGUGAAAUAAAAUUGAUAUUUCACUGUUUCGAAAAUAAAAUGUGCAUGAUAUGUAUGUAUGUAAGUGAUCUAUCAGUGAAUUGUCCUGAUAUCAAUUGUUUCAAAUAGUGAAAAUAUCAAUUUGAUAUUUUUCACUGUUAUGCAAUUGUUGUCCGCUUUAAGUUUCAAAUCGAACAUCAGCGCGCAUAGGGGUGGGGCACAAUUUUCGAAAUGACGCUAAGUUAACAUUCAUUUUAGCACGCUUUUCUAAAAAAACUGUCAUUUUAUAUCCUUUUGAAAUAGGCAUCAUAAGGUUCAUCAUAAUAAAAGUGUUUGUUGUGUAGUAAGAUCGUAAUAUGUUUCAAACCAGGGAACACCAAAAGUAAAUAUUUCACUCCUGGCUACGCAACUCGUAAAAUAUAGUUUUUGGUACGAACUCGUUGAAAUACAUUACGAUCUUACACUGAAAGAAUUAAUUAUCCUUUAUAUUGUUUAUUUUACCAGCAUUUCAAAUGUCGCACACAGUAGGCAUGAUAUUCAUUGUUGUUUAAAGCUGCACUUUCACAGAUUUACCGUUUUCUUUUAUUUUUGUUGUCUUUGAAUUAGCCAAUAUUUGCGUAAACAUCUGGAAAUCAGUGAUAAAAGACUGCUGAUAAAAGAUCAGAUCACUGUUGUCAUGUUUUCGCUUGAAAAUUGAUGUUUUAUGGCUAAAACUGGUAAUUACGCUGAAGAAAAAUGACAUUUUCGGCACUUUUUAAAACAGCUGAGAUCUGUUCUAUUGUGAGUUACCCUUAUUGUCUGAAUAGAAGGCAUUGAUGCCGAAACAGCUGAUUUUGAGACAAAAAGAAAUGAAAUUUCAAACCUGUCAGAAUGUGAGAGUGCGGAUUUAAUUUACCUGCAUUUUGGUUACAUAUUACAAUAAAUGGAACACCAUUG